GGAAGGGAGGGAGAAGGUGGUAGCCUUGCUGUCGUCGAUUCCUUAUCCUCCGAGCGGCAUGGUACGGUGACGGUGAUACUGAGGAAAGGAGUGGGAUCAGUUGGUGUUAUUGAAAGAGGCCUAAUGUUGGGUGGUGGUUUUGGUACUCAGAUAUCGGAAAGCUCUUGCAUGAACUGCUGUGCAAAAGAUGUGCUGUUUUCUAUCAGUUGCUUACUUAAAUACUAAAUCUUUCGAUUUGCAUUUAUAACUAGAGAUUGCCUUUGCUUCAAAAUGGGGAAUUGUUUCAGCCGCUCUACCAGCAAGAACGUUAAAAAAGGAGAAUCAGUGGGAGCUCCAUCUGUGGAAAGAAAUAUUGACAAUGGACCUACACCGAUAAGUGUUCUUGUUCCUGUCCAAUCUCAUGAACCUACAAGUAUUCGACAUCAAGAUGCAAUCGCCCGAAGUGGUCCUAUGUUACCUCCUGUCCCUAUAAAUCAGGAAAAUUUAAGUGGACAUAGCGCUAAAGUAUUUGUCGCCUUGUAUGAUUAUGAUGCUCGGACAGAUGAGGACUUGAGUUUCAAGAAAGGGGAGCAUUUAGAAAUUUUAAAUGACACACAAGGAGAUUGGUGGUUUGCCAGAUCGAAAGCGACGAAGAAAGAAGGCUAUAUUCCUUCAAAUUAUGUUGCUAAAUUGAAAUCCAUCGAAGCAGAACCGUGGUACUUUGGAAAGAUAAAAAGGAUAGAAGCAGAAAAGAAGCUUCUGCUUGCAGAAAAUGACCACGGAGCGUUUCUUAUUAGAGAUAGUGAAAGUCGGCGGAACGACUUUUCUCUUUCAGUAAAGGAUGGAGACACUGUGAAACAUUAUCGCAUUCGGCAGCUAGAUGAAGGUGGUUUCUUUAUUGCUCGAAGAACAACUUUUCGUACUCUGCAAGAGCUUGUGGAACAUUACAGCAAAGAUGCUGAUGGUCUAUGUGUUAACCUUAAAAAACCUUGUGUUCAGGUUGAAAAACCAACUACUGGUGGACUGUCACACAAUACCAGGGACCAAUGGGAAAUUGACAGGAGUUCACUUAAAUUUGUCCGUAAACUUGGCCAAGGUCAGUUUGGUGAAGUUUGGGAAGGUCUGUGGAAUAAUACUACUCCAGUUGCCAUAAAAACACUUAAAACAGGCACAAUGGACCCCAAAGACUUCCUUGCUGAAGCACAGAUAAUGAAAAAAUUACGUCAUCCCAAAUUAGUGCAAUUGUAUGCUGUUUGUACAUUAGAAGAGCCCAUAUAUAUUAUUACUGAAUUGAUGAAAAAUGGAAGCUUGCUUGAAUUUUUGCAAGGUCGAGGCAGAUCUUUGAAAUUGCCACAACUAAUUGAUAUGUCUGCUCAGAUUGCUGCUGGCAUGGCAUAUCUUGAGUCACAAAAUUAUAUACAUAGAGAUCUUGCAGCUAGGAAUAUUCUAGUUGGUGAGAGCAACAUUGUGAAAAUUGCUGACUUUGGUUUGGCUAGGUUGAUUAAAGAAGAUGAAUAUGAAGCUAGAGUCGGUGCGAGGUUUCCUAUAAAGUGGACAGCUCCAGAAGCUGCUAACUACAGCAAAUUUUCUAUCAAAUCAGAUGUUUGGUCUUUUGGCAUUCUUCUUACAGAGCUUGUGACAUAUGGCAGAAUACCAUAUCCAGGUAUGACAAAUGCUGAAGUGUUGCAUCAAGUUGAGCAUGGCUACAGAAUGCCAUGUCCGCCUGGAUGCCCACCUGCUCUAUAUGAGAUAAUGUUGGAAUGUUGGCAUAAAGAUCCCAUGAAACGACCAACAUUUGAAACCUUACAGUGGAAAUUAGAAGACUUCUUCACCAUGGAAGGAUCGGAGUAUAAAGAAGCUUCCUUGGCCUACUGACAACUACCUCCACGCCCUAGAUAUGAAUGGGGUGUGCAGCAGCUUGGUAGGAAUAUAUUGAUUCCUCACUAUGAUCUCAAUGGAUAAAGAUUCUUCUGUGCUUAAAAAAAUAUGAUCACUGCAAGUAACUGAAGAAUGCUGUUACCUAAUGGUACAGUAUAGACAGAUUAUUAUUAUUGUUUACAAUGGGCAAGUUAAGUUGCUUUAAAAUGUGAAAAGAUGACUUAAGCAACUUACUCAACAUUUGUAUUGAAUGUAUCCUAGAGAAUCCAACCAAGCAUGUGUGAAGUAGUUGAUACGUUUGUAAAUUAUUGAAAUUAAUGUAAUAUAUCAGAUUUUUCUAACCUCAUUUUAUUUAUUGAAUUAUGUCAGACUUCCCAUUCCUUUAGUAUUAUAGUGACUGUCAUACAGAACUUAUUUCAAGGAAGAGAAAACUCUUAAAAAUAAAAUUGUUCAUUUUUAUCUGUGAUUGUAUAGUUAUGUGAUUGUGCUAAUUCUGCCUAACUACUUUUAGUGAAAUGUCUUAAAUGUAUUCAAUUAGAAUUGCUGCUAGAAUAACUUGUCAUUGUCAUUGGCAAGAUAAGUGAUAAUUUAACUGUCAUGCAUUUCCUAUACAUGCAAUUAACUAUAGGCAUCUCAUUCUGAUGAGAUAUUUUCUGAGCUGAGCCACUCAUGCCAACACUGAAUUUUGAUACCAGUAUCAUAAAUGCAUUUUUUCUUGCAAAUGAUAAAUAUGUACAAUUUUCAGAUUCUCAUGUAUAGUAAAAUAUUAGAUAAUCAUGUUCUUGAUAUAUUAGCUGUUUUGUAAAACUCAUGGGUCGUACUUGUUUAUGUGUGAUUAAAUCAUUUGUCUCGCAGCUACUUAAAUGUUCCGUGAGGUCAAAGCGGUAAUUUUACAGGGGCCAUGUCAUCAACAAUAUUGCCUUAUGAUUAAAACCUAGAUGCUGUGCAUAUCGCAAUACUGCUGUGCCUCUUGAUGGAAGAUACUUUUUUAAUACAAAUACUGUACACAAAAAUUAAGUUUUUAAAUUUACAUAUGUCAUUGCCAUAUUAAUGCCAAGUAAUUUUUUUAUCUGAUUUCUAACUAUUUUUACAGUUUUCAGUCAAUAGAUUUAAUUUAUUCUCCUGUAUGAUACAAGAAAUGUUCGAUAAUAGGAAUUCUCAUAUCUAUGUCUGGUAGUUUUUUUGUCUGGGAAAGUUAAAAUUUGUACAUGUUUUGUGUUGCUAGCAUGUGUCAGUACUAAAAGUUCGUAAACGAAUUUUAAAAUUUUUUAUUCUAAUAGUAUAUUUAUUAUAUAUAUCCCUUUCCCAACUCCUUUUCUAAUUUUAAUCUUAAUGUGUAUCACACAUGGAAAUGUCUGAAAAUAGCCUUCUUUUGUCUAAUAGUCUAUAGGUAGAACUAACCAUUCUUGCCUUUUCAUAAUUUGUCUAUUUUCAUUCAAUGUAAAUUUGUAUACUGUGAAUUAUUUUACAUAUUCUGCUAAAGUCAGUGAAUGUAUGUGUGUAAGAUGUUUCAACUUAGAAACUGUAAAAUUCAAUUCAUUUAAAUUAUUGUAAGCUAUUUUAUAGUUAUGUAAGUUUUCUUCUGCUGUAUUCAAUCAGCAUUUUGGGCAAAAUUGCUAGAAAAUUGUAUUAAUUCUGAAUAUUUGUAGAAUUUUAACACAACAUAGUGCUAAUGUGAUUGUUGUCAUAAUGCAGUGCUGAAGUUCAAAAUGUCAUUUUCUGAAAAACAGCGUUAAUUUUUCUAAUUUAUUGCUUUUCUGUAUCACUUUUAAGUAACCAGUGACUUUUCUUUCUGAGAAAUAAAAUUUUUACAAACGAAAACUGAUUACUUGUGAUUAUUCCCAUCAAGUUUGCAUGAAACGGAUUUGAACGUAAUAUAUACUAUAAAACGGAUAUGUUUUAUAGUAUAUA